AUGAACAGGAAGGAGGACGGGGACAGUGAGAUCCAGAAUGACAAAAAUAAACAGCAACAGCGAGCAAGACAAAGGGAUAGACAGAGAAACAGAAAUUGGUGGCAGGUCGCUAGUGGUGUUCCCCAGGGCUCGGUGUUGGGCCCGGUUCUGCUUAACAUCUUUAUCGACGAUUUGGACGAGGAGAUCGAGUGCCCCCUCGGCAAGUUUGCAGACGACACCAAGUUGGGACUCGGGGCUGAUCUCCUUGAGGAUAGGAAGGCUCUACACAGAUAUCUGGACAGGCUGGAUCAAUGGGCCGAGGCCAACUGUAUGAAGUUCAACGAGGCCGAGUGCCGGGUCCUGCGCUUUGGUCACGGCGACGCCAUGCAGCGCUAUGGGGUUGAGGAAGAGUGGACUACACUAAGAAGGAUCCAUCCUCACCUGGAGAGGCAGGCUAUCUCCUGUCUGCAGCUGCUGGCUGGAUCCUCUUUAUUUUAUUCUUCAGCAGCUUUACCAUUCUGUGGCCCCUCCAGCUUCAGCAGCUCCUGUCCACAGCCAGUAAGUGUUCCACCUGCCCCUUUUUGCUCCCGCGCCGCGAGGAGAGGGAGGCCAGGCAGAGACAGCCCACGCAAGCCUGAGGCUGCUGCAGUCAACGGCAUCCCCGGGGACGAACGGACAACCGCACUCACAGCGUGGCCUCUUCAGGGAGACUCGAGAACAUCGCAGGGCCAGCUUGCUGCCCUCACGACAGGGCUCGGGGGCUGCCUGCGGCUACAGCACAGGCUUCAGGGGAGGGGCUGGAGCUGGGGGCAGCCGCACGGGCCGAGCGAAGGCGCCGGGGGAGCUCCGGCGACUCGGGGAGGCGCCCGCUGGCCGCGCCUGGGGGGUGCCCGCCUCCGUCCCCUCUUCCCUUCUAUCGGCUCUCGGGGAACUGCCCGGCGCUGCCCUGGCCCGGCUCGCCUCCGGCGGACCGGGAGCCUGCCGCGGCGGCCGCUUCGCAGCUUCCCGUCCCGCCAGCCCCGGGCGGCCAGCGGGCAGGAGGCACCCCCCGUCCCUGCCGGAGGGGAUCGCUCGCCUCACCGGUGGUCCUGGCCCUCACCCACCGCCGGAGAUCGCGCCUGGCAUACUGCCGUGCUGCAGCAGCAGCGGAAGCAGCACCGGCGCCGCAGUUCCGCGCUUUGCGCGCCCAGCGUCCGCCGACACCGCGCACGUGCGUCGUCGUCGGCGUUUCCUUACCGGGACGCAGCAGCGAGCGCGGCGGCACCAGCCCGCGGGCACCGCGGCAUCGCAUUGCCGCUACCGGAGGACAGCAGCGUGGACCGCAGCAGCACCUUCGCGCAUGCGCGGCGCCCCACGCGCAGGACCGCGCUUUGGACUCUAGUCGGGCAGCGGGCGCAGCAAGAAGCCCGCAAAAAAGCACACGAAACCGCUCCCGGCAUGCACUGGCAAACAUAG